UCUCGAGCUUUCUCCCGAAUUCCCGAUCCCUACGCGGGCGGCCACGAUAAUUCCCAGCGCAGGGCCUAUCCUCGCCGCCGCUCGAGGCUCCAGCGCCUGCUUGCUGCCGUCCGCGCCCAGCACAGCGCCUGCCGGCUGCUGCCACCGGCCGCCGGUGUUUAACCUUCUCAACUCCCGACAGGCAGCGGCACCCUGCAUGGCGUGUUCAAUCAGACCGGAGACCGAACCGAAGUUUUCGGUCCACCGAAUCCUCGGUCUGAUGUUUUUCAAAUGACCUAUCGGGUAACAUUUUCUGUAAACCGAAGACCGGACCGACCGGUUCAGUUAGACCGAAUGCCCACGCUGCUUGGAUCUGCUACUGUGAAAACACUGGGUCGACAGUCGCCGCUCGCCGUCACCGGAGAAUAAGCGGUUGCGGUCGUUGAGGUUUGCCGGCUUCCAGGUCCUCCACUCACGGCGGCGGGUGCCAAACGAGCCGCCUCUCGCUCGCUUCUACAAUGGAGGGUCUCCUCGACAAGUCCCUGAACCCAAACAAGCUUCUCAAGGAGCAAUUCGUGAGCAACCUCACCGGGUCGUCCCUGCUGGAGAUCGCGGCGCUCUCCACUAUUGUGCCGGCAGUCGUCGUUUUAAGGAAAUGGAGCAGCGGAGAUAAUAUUAUGAGGCGUUCAGUGAAGAAAAAUGAUGAUUCUCUUCGUGAUCAUAAAGAUUGGGUUUAUUACUUCUCUGUGCUGGCUAUAGAUUAUCUCACUGUUGUAUGUCCAAUACUUCUAAUUUUCACGGUCUUAGCUGAAUGGGCCUAUAUUUGCGCAAUUUCUCUUGUAACCGUGAUAUUUAUCUAUAUCAUGUUUAAAAGAUCUCAGUCUCAUCUCAAGGCUCGGCAACAUAACCUGCCUUCGCUCAGGGCAGACAUAUCUUCUUACCGAGUGUCAGUGGUUCUAAUGACAUGCUUGUCCAUAUUGGCAGUAGACUUCAAAAUCUUUCCUCGGCGGUAUGCCAAGGCUGAAACAUAUGGUAGUGGAAUUAUGGAUCUUGGAGUAGGGUCUUUUGUGGUGGCUAAUGCACUGGUAUCUAGACAAGCACGAAACGUAACCUCAAUGGGAUGGAAGGCAGCGCUGAGUUCCACAAGUCCUCUAGUAUUCCUUGGCUUUGCUCGCCUUAUCUCCACAUCAAGUGUUGAUUAUCAGGUCCAUGUAGGAGAAUACGGUGUCCAUUGGAAUUUCUUUUUCACCCUUGCAGCUAUUUCUAUCCUUACAUCCAUUAUCAGGAUUCAUCCUAAAUAUUGUGGGAUAGUUGGUAUGCUUGUUCUUGCAGGAUAUCAAGUAUGGCUAAAUGUUGGUUUGAAUGAGUACCUCAUUUCUAAUGAGAGAAGUGCUGAUAUCAUCAGCCAGAAUAAGGAAGGCGUGUACAGCAUAUUUGGAUACUGGGGUAUGUACCUAGUUGGUGUUUCGCUAGGUUACUAUCUGUUCCUUGACAUUAGUUCAGAAGGCAAGGGUAGGAGCACUCAAGUGGUAAAAGUCUGGGUUCUUACAGCAUCUUUUUGGAUUUUGGCGAUCAUUCUUGACAGCUAUGUUGAAAGAGUUUCGAGAAGAAUGUGUAACUCUGCUUAUGUUAUGCUUGUGUUUGGCCAGAAUUUUCAGGUUAUAUCUAUUCUCACACUAGCGGGAUCUGUCUCAUUUGACAAGAACUUGGUUCUUGAAGAUGCAUUCAAUCAAAAUAUGCUUGGCUCAUUCCUUCUGGCAAAUAUCUUAACUGGUCUAGUUAAUCUCUCAGUUGACACACUUAAUUCCUCUCCCCUCGCCGCCUUCACAAUUUUGUCAGUAUAUACCUUCACGUUGUGCAUGGUUGUUGGUCUUGCUCAGUUUUGUGGUGUGAGGAUGAAAUUUUGGUGAAUUGUGAACUUACUCAGUGCUUUGUAUGUAUUCAUUAGUUAGCCUCUGGUGAUAAGCCAAGUUGCUACCUAAUUAAUUUCGCUAUCUGAUGUUAACUCUGCCUAUACUCUGGAUCUGAUUCUUACUUUUUCAAUACAUUGAAGAAAUUGCCAAGA